UGUCCCCAAACGCAAUCAAAAUUUGAAAUUAGAGAGAGAGAGAGAGAGAGAGAGAGAGAGAGAUGGCUUCUGGAGAUAUCAAGGGUUUCUACAGGCAGAGGAAGAGCGGGAAAGCAUCAGCGAGCAAGAAAUCAUCAAGAUCGAAGGCCGCCAAAGCAGGCGUGAGCUUGGGUUCGGACCCAGUUCAGUCACCGGCCCUCGUCUCUCACUCCUUCGAUCUUCAAGGUGAUUAUGACAAGCACGAGGAGGUAUUGCGACAGUUUGACAUGAACAUGGCUUAUGGGCCAUGCCUUGGACUUAGUAGAAUGGAACGAUGGGAGCGUGCUAACAAUCUUGGCUUGAACCCCCCAAAAGAUGUGGAAAGUCUGUUGAAAGGAGGUAACGUGGCGGUGGUGUGCCUGUGGGAUGGCCGCAUUUAGUCAAAAAAAAAAAAAGGAAGAAGAAGAAGAAAAAGUCUAGAGAAGUCUGUUUCUAAUGAAGGUACAGUUACCUGCUGUACUGUUGGGAUUAACCUUUGUAUAACGUUUUCUGGAUUAUAGUAGGCUUUUGUUGUUGCUUU